CGAAUACAUCCCCGAUAACUUCACAUCCCUCGAACAGGUAACAAAAGCGUUGAGGGAAUCAGGUUUAGAAUCUUCAAAUCUCAUAAUUGGUAUUGACUUCACGAAAAGUAACGAAUGGACGGGCAAAGAGUCGUUCAACAAUAAGAGCCUUCAUGCCAUUGAAGAAGAUGAUGAUCUUCAUCUACUCAAUCCUUACGAGAAAGCCAUCUCUAUCAUAGGCAAAACCCUCGCUCCAUUUGAUGAAGACAAUUUGAUUCCCUGUUUUGGGUUCGGUGAUGUGAGCACACAUGACGAACAAGUCUUCAGCUUUCACACCGACCAUUCGCCUUGUCACGGCUUUGAAGAAGUGUUGGCUUGCUACAGGAAGCUCAUCCCAAAUGUGAAAUUAUCUGGACCAACAAGUUAUGGACCAGUGAUAGAUGGAGCAGUAGACAUAGUGGAGAAAAGUGGAGGGCAAUACCAUGUUCUUCUAAUCAUAGCAGAUGGUCAGGUCACAAGAAGUGUUGAUACCAAAGACACAAGCCUCGGCACUCAAGAACAGAGAACCAUUUCUUCCAUCGUCAAUGCAAGCAUGUAUCCUCUAUCUAUUGUGUUGGUUGGUGUUGGUGACGGACCUUGGGAUAACAUGAGAAGUUUUGAUGAUAGAAUUCCAGAUCGAGAGUUUGAUAAUUUUCAGUUUGUUAAUUUUACAGACAUCAUGUCAACCUUUAGUGAUGAUUCUGUGAAAGAAACUAGGUUUGCUCUUGGUGCUCUUAUGGAGAUCCCUAUCCAAUACCAAGCUACCAAAGAUCUUGGUCUACUAGGGCGAGUGACAGGUAAAGCAAAGAAGGUAACCCCACGACGUCCACCACUUUCUUCUACUCCUCGACCAGCAGGAGAAGCAAGCAAUGUUCUAAUGCCAGCAGAAGACAGCCAAAGUCAGCGUUGCCCAGUGUGUCUCGAGAAUAGCAAAGACAUGGCAUUUAAUUGUGGACACACUAUCUGCAAGGAUUGUGGUGAAAGAGUGUCUAACUGUCCAAUUUGUCGCCAGCUAAUUACAAGUCGUAUUCGCCUCUAUAUCUGACUGCAAGCAGGAGCGGAUCUUCAUGGUCAUGGAUCUUAAAAUAAUUUGUUCCCCACUUCUUUCUCCACCACCCAUUUUUAUCUACUUUUUUAUUUAUUUUAUUUUUUUAAAAUGUGGGGGACAAAUGAAAAUACCGAGAAGGUGCUAUUCAAAUUUAUUAGAAAAGUACUCCAUCCAUCCACAAAUAAUGUUCUUAUUUUAAUCUUUUGGGAUCAAAAUUCUCAAGAAAAUAUAUUGAAAAAUAUUUGAACAAUGAAAAUGUUCAUGUUAAAUAUUUGUCAAAUCAAGAGAAUUUCCAAAAAAGCAUAUUCCAUUCUGAUAUAUUCAGAACAAAAAGUAGUAAAUCGG